AUGACAGGCGGUUGCCCGGGGAGACGUGCCCCGGAAGCGGUAGCCGGACCGGAGAUUGAACCCGGAGCAGCAGCGGGUGCGCUGGGUGUGCGUGGGGGAGGGAAUGGGGUCGGAGGGAGAGCAAAGUGUUUGUGCCGGGCCCCAUCAUGUGGUUUCACGACUGGCACUACGCUGGAGGGACGGAGGGAGGGGCGAAAGCAAGAUCGGGGCGGCAACGCCGCCCCUCGGGAGACUUUGCGGCCUCCGGCGGUCGGUAACGGGAGGAUGGGCGGGCGGGCGCCAUCUUUCCUCCCUGCGAGCAAGGCGAUCACGACGGUGAGCAUGUCGAAACGCAAAGUGUCGUUCGAGGUUGGCAGUGGCGAUCAGGAUGAGAGCUUGCUUCAACAGGUCGGGGCAAACGGGUCGUCGGCUGGCGGCCCGGGCAGUCGCUUCAAGGGGAAGCACUCACUGGACAGCGACGAGGAGGACGAGGCGGACGAGGGGGAAAUGACCAAAUAUGACAUCCUGGCCACGGAGGACAUUGAAGGUGAGGGACGGAGGGUGAGGGUGAAG